AGCACUGCACAUGGCUCCAGCUCACAAAGAAGACAAGACGCACGCUCUCGCAUCUCAACAGCUCUGAACAGCCGCUGGAUUCAGGACGUCUACUUUGGAUCUACAUCCUUUUGAGGCUGACACUAAACUAUUGGACUUCUGCAGAUUUAAAGUACUUACACUCCUGGUAGUUUUGUUUGAAAUACUUUGUGACAGAAAUGACGAUGCCGGUUGUGAAAGUGGAGAAGGGCUCUCCAGUGGACAGUAGUCUGUCAGCGUCCAGUGCUCCUUCACAGACUGACGAGCAGCCCAGAGGGCGCAGGAGGAAGAGACCCCUGCAGAGAGGCAAACCCCCCUACAGCUACAUCGCCCUCAUAUCCAUGGCCAUCGCCAACUCCCCUGACCGAAGGCUUACCUUAGGAGGUAUCUAUAAGUUCAUCACGGAACGCUUUCCUUUUUACAGAGACAACUCAAAGAAAUGGCAGAACUCCAUUCGCCACAACCUGACCCUAAAUGACUGCUUUGUGAAAAUUCCCCGGGAGCCCGGCCGGCCGGGGAAGGGCAAUUAUUGGGCCCUCGAUCCCAACGCAGAGGACAUGUUUGACAGCGGCAGCUUCUUGAGGCGCAGGAAGAGGUUCAAACGCUGUGAUCUGAGCACAUAUAAUUCCUAUGUGCAUGACAACGCAGUCUUCUCCCCUGUUCAUGUGGCUCGAACUGCAGCCUACACCAACUCCAUCUACUCCAACAUGACGGUCAGCCCGUCCUACAGCCAGCAGCUGCCCUCUGCCUACUACCCCUCCUCAUCGCCCACGGGCUUUGGAGCUGCCCAGAGCCGCAUGUUUAGCAUCAAUAACCUCAUCGCACACCCAGGUCCAGGAGGUCUGCUCCAGGCACAGGGGCCAGAGCUCAUGCAGCAGCCCGGCCGUAGCUUCAGUCCAGAGGGACCCAGCCCCUGCAGCCUGGGAGCAGCCGCCUUCCAGAGCCAGCCGUGUGCAGGGCCAGUGUCCAGCCGUUCCUCUGCUCAUCCAGGCUUCUACUCCAGCCCCACUCCUCACCACGGCCCCCAGGGCUCCUACACACAAGGCCACCCCAGUCAGGGCUACGCGGCUGCAGGGCGCCUCCACUCCACUGACAGCAUGGAGCAUUACGGCCGGAUCUCCCCUGUGCAGCUGGGCUCGUUCUCUCAAUACAACAGCUCUGCUCCGAUCUCCAACAGCAGCGGCUAUCUACGGCACCCCACGUACGCAGGGAACAUGGACAGGUUUGUGUCUGCGAUAUAGCACCUAGACCAGACACUACGGACUCUCUGGCCCCAUGGAGCCAGCUUUAGCACGCACAAACAUGUUUAUCCUUCAGUCUCUGUGAAAUGACUCAACUGUGAUAUGCCACGUCCUUUACCAGCCAUCGACCGAUGGUCUCUUUUACAGUAUCAGGGUGUGCUGACUAUGCACCAUCAGUCUUUUGUGAAAAUGUUUUUAGAAUUGAAAUGAAUGUGUGUUAUUGAUGAGCUUUUAAAUAACAGUAAUUUGUAUAAAUUAUUGUGCUUUGCGGUUACAGGCUUUGCAAGGCUUAAUUGUAUGAAGAAUGUAGAUUUUGGUUGUAUGUGCUUCUUGCCAAAUUAAACAGCCUGUUAGGAUGCCUUUAGGAUAUAAGCUGAGCUAUUUAGCACUUACUUUU